AUGAAAUUAACUGCGUUUUUCCAAAGACUGCUAUUUUUGGUCGUUAUUUCCGGCUCCGCUCUUCUUCACGGUGUGAGUGCGCGUGCCUCGUCGGAGUCGGAGUUACUCUGCUCCCCGCUGGAGAUAGAACCGCACCAGAAAUCCUUUUGUGUCAUAAAUGUGCGAGACUCACAACAAGAGCCCACCAUGGCAUUUGAAUUGGAAGAAUUUCUUGUAACGCCUCAAAGCUCCGUGCCCCAAGCCGACCUGAAGUUGAGCCCGCUGCAGCGCGGCGUCGAUGUGACAACGCUGACGUUUGAUUUUUCUGCCUCGGAAGGCACUAGCAUCACAGUGAACGUGAUGUACAUUUCUGGGAAUCAAAGUUUCCCGAUUCGAAAUAGUGGCGUCGUGGUGUCUGUCUUGAAUUGGCCGGCGGUGCGAAUGGGGCCCAUUUCCUGCAAUGUCCCCUCAUCAGGCCUCGUUCUUCGCGGCACCACAACAUGUGGGGCGGCUUUAUAUGAUGCAAGUAAUCGUCCUGCAGCCGUGCAUCAAAGUGAAGUUACAUUUCUAGAAGAGAACGAUUUGGGUUCUUUCAAAUUUAUUUCCGGCAUGAGGAAACUUGUCUUCAACUUCACAGCAGCAAGUUUUUCAAGCAUGACGGUGACAUAUUUCACACUUCUUCUGACGCUUAAAGGGAUAAAAGACGUGUAUUCCACCAAUUUCCCUUUACUUUACCCGGAUUUAUAUCCAGCAGCGUCCUUUUCUACGCUAUCAUGUUCCAAUGAAACUACUCCCAUUGUCUGUACGUUACGUGCUUUAGAUGAAGCGGGCCCCGUCCGAAUAAAUAUGGAUUAUUUUCGAAUUGUCUUUGAUAUGCUGGACAAUAACGAGGAGAGGGGGAAAUGGGUGGAUAACACGAAAGCCUUUGACGUUUAUUCUCGUGUAUGGGCCCAAGAAGAUACCGUCAUUCUUUCUUGGAAACUGAAAGUUAACAAUUUCAUCAACACGGAACGUUUGCAUGUGUACAUUGUUUCAAGUACAUCUGGGAAUGGUGGAAAGAGAGUGGAAGAGGUGCGAGGCUCACCUUUUUUGUUUGUUUCUGGAGUGAUGCCUCAUGCAGCUUAUGUGUCACUGCGUGGUUGUCGAGUUUCUUCAAUUACUAGUGGAAAUCGCACGCAGUGCUUCAUUGAUCUUCAUAAUGGCGUCACUGGUGAUGUGCGGUACUUCAAUCUUUCUAGUACGCUUGGCGCGGUGUUUGAAAACAUCACAUAUCUUCCCAAGGGCCCGAUUUACAAAACUCCAGUGGUAUCUUUUGUGUAUGUGGCACCCGUAUUGAACACCCGCUCAGAGGACUUCAUUACACUUAUUGUAGGAGGACAAAGCGCCAUUCGAUCCCCAUUUCACAUGAAUGUGUUUCCGCGACGAAGCUCUGAAAAAAACGAGGAUUCUGAAACCGUCAGGGGAAGUAACGCCCUGGUCAUUGGGGUGGGACUUGCCUUCUUUGGUGUCAUCAUUGGCACUGGGUCAUUUAUUGCCCUACGAAGUACUCUGCGUCUCAAUCGCGCUCGUCAACUGAGAGCAAUGCAAAAGGUGCAAAUGGUGGAAAUGGAAGAAGAGGCAGGGUGUUCGGCGACUGGAAAGGUGGGGAUUGAGCCCGUGCCGCAGCCACACCAUCCCCAGGAGUCAGAAAGUGACUGA